GCCUCACAUAUGGUGCCUCAGCAGUGUUUAAGGUGAAAGACAGCACUGGGAAAACUUGCAUAAUGGCCAACUUCUCCGCUGUCUUCUGGACCAGCUAUGCGACCGAGCAUGGUUUUACGAAUGUGACCUUUGACCUGCCCCAUUCUGCACGAGUACUGAACAGCAGCUUCUGUCAGAAAGGCAAUGCCUCCGAGUCCAGGCUUAUCAUCGCCUUUGGAGAUGGAAAUUCACUGACCCUGCAGUUCACACGGAACACCACCCGCUACCGAGUCCAGCUGCUGAGCUUUGUGUACAACUUGACAGACACGCACAUCUUCCCCAAUUCGAGCUCCAGGGAAGUCAAGACUGAGAACUCCACGACUGACAUUCUGGCAGACCUAGACAAAAAGUACCGCUGUGUCAGCACUACCCAAGUGCACAUGAAGAAUGUGACUAUCAGGCUGUCUGAUACCACCAUCCAGGCCUACCUGUCCAACAGCACCUUCAGCAAGGAAGAAACACGCUGCAAGCAGGACAUGACGUCCCCCACCUCUGCACCACCCGCACCCUCCACACCACCUGCACCGCCCAGCCCCUCGCCCAGCCCUGUGCCUCCGAGCCCCUCCAUGCACAGGUACAACGUGAGUGGCAGUAAUGGGACCUGCCUGCUGGCUAGCAUGGGACUGCAGCUGAACAUCACUUACCCACGGAAGGACAACACGACCAUGGCCAGAGUGGUUAACGUCAACCCCAGGACAGUCUCUCCCAAGGGUAGCUGUGGUGCCCAGCUGGUGUCUCUGGAGCUGAGUGAGAAAACUCCGGAGCUGAGUAUGGUCCUGGUCUUGCGCUUCGGCUUGAAUGCAAGUGCCAACCGGUUCUUCCUGCAAGAAGUCGAUUUGAAUAUGACUGUCUCUGAUGCCAGAGAGGCCAGUUUCCAUGCCGCUAACAGCUCACUGAGAGCCCUGCAGGCCACUCUUGGUAACUCCUACAAGUGCUCAGCUGAGGAGCAGCUGCGUGUCACACCUACCUUCUUCCUCAACCUCUUCGGCGUGCAGGUCCAGGCUUUCAAGGUCGAAGGGGACAAGUUUGGGUCUGAGGAGUGUCUGCUAGACGGGAACAACAUGCUGAUCCCCAUCGCUGUGGGUGGCGCCUUGGCAGGGCUCGUGCUCAUCGUCCUCAUCGCCUACCUCAUCGGCAGGAAGAGGAGUCACGCGGGCUAUCAGACCAUCUAGAGAGGGCAGCAGGGGUAUGCCGCAGACACUGGGGGCGGGGCCUCACGUCCUGUGCGUGUGUGGCGUGGCGUGGCGGGAGGCACAUUUUCUGGCAAACUGCUCUUAAAUCUGCUUACAAAUGUGAAGUUCAUCCUGCAGCAUUUACUAUGCACAAAGAGUUAAUAUUGAAAUGACGGUGUUAAUUUUGCUAACCAGGUUAAAUAUUUUGCUAACUGGUUAAAUGUUAAUAUUUACCAAAGUAGAACUCUGCAGAGAGCAAGAGUGCUUAUCUGAAUUGGCAUGGGCUCCACUCAUUCAGUGUUUUCAAAUUUGGUGUUGGUUCUUUUAUUCUUUGCUCAGAUUUAGGCCUUGCAGGUGUCUGGUCUGAACACGGUGGACUGAUGGGGUGGCUGAUCCCUAGGCUGGCCCCCAGGUUGAGACCAGCAGAGCAGUAAGCUCUGUGGGCACUGGGGGCGUCUGCAGGCAAGAGGGCCAGGCCCAGUGUCCAGGUGACCUCAGCGUCCCCGCUCCAGCCGCCUAGUAGCUGCACUUGCCUAGGUGUCGGAAGGGCAUUAUUUCUGUUCCCUUGUGAUGUGGCUUCUGGCCUCUGGUGGCAUCCAGUAGCCCUGUUGCACACCGUACACGGAUGGCCUUGCUCUGCUGGUGCCUCUGCUGUGCUCAGUCGCUGGACAGAGCCCAGCUCUGGGGUGUACUGCCUGUAACGACGCUAAUAAACAGUCUCUUUCUUUGUGUGUCUGGA